CCAAGCGGCUCAGUUUUGUCAUCCCACGUGCGAAGGUGAGAGGCGGAGUCCGAACUGAAUGUACCCCGGGAUCUGGAGGUGAGGCGAACUAGAGACGGCACUUGUUCCUUUCAUCUUCUGCAAGAACGUGGUUUCCCUUUGGGAGAAGAGUCCGUGCUCUCGGGAUAUCAGGGUGGAUGGAUUAGUUCAGAGGUGUCAAGUACAAGGCCCGUGACACUCCCAAGUGCAGUCUGAACCAGGUUAAAAUAGAUGCGUCUGUCAGCCUUGCUAUCCUUGGCAGCCAAAGCCAACUUGCCUCGUAACUACCGCUAUGGAAUGAGCCGACCUGGAACUAUGGCUGACAAGAGGAGAAACCCUCCCUGGAGAAGGCAGCGUCCAGUCCUUGUGGAGCCUAUACCUGAGGAUUCCUGGAAUGUGUUUUGUGGGGACACGGUAGAGAUCCUGGAGGGCAAAGAUGCUGGGAAGCAGGGCAAAGUGGUUCAGAUCAUCAGGGAGAGGAACUGGGUUGUCUUGGAAGGACUGAACACGCAUUUCCGAUACAUUGGCAGGAGCAAGGAUUACCGGGGGACCAUGAUCCCCAGCGAGGCCCCCCUGCUGUUCCGCCAGGUCAAGCUUGUGGAUCCUGCUGACAGGAAGCCAACUGACGUGGAAUGGAGGUUUACAGAGGAAGGCGAGCGUGUAAGAGUCUCCCUGAGGACAGGAAGGAUCAUCCCAAAGCCUGAGUUCCCCAGACCCGAUGGCAUCAUCCCUGAGCAGUGGAUUGAUGGCCCCAAAGAUACAUCAGUGGAAGAUGCUCUGGAGAGAACUUAUGUCCCCUGUUUGAAGACCCUGGGAGAAGAGGUGAUGGAGUCAAUGGGCAUCGUGGAGACUCGGAGGCACAGGAAAGUCUACUGGUAUUAAAACUAGGGAAGGAACUGUCUUCUUCCCACUGCUGUCCCCUACCCCACCCCAGGUCAUGACCCUGGAAGUCUGAGGAAUUGCUAUUUCCUACUGUCCAAUAAAAAUAAGGAUUUUAUGAGGCAUCUGUA